UCCAAUUGCUUGGUGAGAUCCUAGCUUCUCAGUCCGUUAGGGUUGGCCGAAGACGUUGACUAAAAGCUGAUCAAAGCCAGAUAUCCAUCCAUCAAUCCGCUUAUCCUGCUCGGAGUGUAAGUAAACUUUAGUUUUGCAUCUUGUUUGGGUGUUUGAAGUGAUUUUCCUAAAGUAUUGACAACACAUGCAGCAUUUUCCUGGAGAAAGCGCUCUGCUUUACAUGUGUCGACAGAAGUAACCCUGACCAGUUGCUGUUCCAGCCUGUCUUCCCGCACGAUUGUGUGCCCGAGUUAACUAACAUCUAAACAGAGCAAACAUGUUCAUUAAACUUGCUGUCUUUUCAUGGGUUGCUUCUGGAUAUUUAACCGAACCAACGGAACUCUGUCAACCUGACAGAAGACCUCCACCCUGUGAACAUGUUUUCCAACAUAUUUGUUAUGAGAUUUGGGCAGAAUCUAAAUCCUGGACACAAGCAAGGAGCAGCUGCGCACAGAGAGGAGGACGCCUCCUGAGAGAGUUUAAUGAUGCCAUCAAAAUGAUUCUGAAUGACUUCACCAGACAGAGAAACAUCGGUAACCUCACCUGGUGGCUGGGGCAGAGAGAUCGUGAGGACAACCUGGAAGCCCUGUUGGGUGACUACGAAAAUGUUGUUGCUUCCAAAGAUGCGACCAGCUGCACGUACGUGAAGCACAAUCCGUUUCAACUUGUUGUGUCAUCCGACUGCAACCAGAAACGGGGCUUCCUCUGCACCCACAGUUUGCAGUCAUCACAAAACACACAGGAAAAUUUGGCAUCUGGAUCACGGUUCAAAAGGAGUGAACACCCGAUGGCUGCCCAUAUCUAUAACAUUGUAAACCUUCUUUUGGAAGCUGACAAUGAACUCAUGCGAAUGGAAACGGAGGCAGGAGAGCCAACGGAUGGAAGUAGGGAUGGAUUCAUUCGGUAUUUGUUGAAAGGCACUCAAAAUCUGACACCUGAACUUGCCCUCGAAAACAUUGACGUCAUAAGUCACAUCAUUGGCUGCAGCAUGAGCAUCCUUGACAUGUCCAUGAACAAAUGUGACAUCCAGGCGAACCCUAACCCUACUUCCCUAUUUGAGGAUAUAUUUGAAAUUUUCCGGACCAUUUCAGUGCUACUGGGUUCAGCGACAUCAGAAAGAAUCGUCAUCAAGCACUCAACGGGCUCCAUCUAUCUGAGCAGUCACAACCCUGAAGACCUGAGCAAUGUCAUUCUGGGCUCAGUGGAAGAUGGUGAGUUCAUCAUCAUGCCCCCAUAUUCCGUUCUGCAAAGUCACAUUGGCCGAUACGAAAAAAUCAUUGCUCAGGUGUGUACGCGCGCCAUUGGCCUGUUUAUCCGUCUUUGUUGUUGUAAACGGCAAUCUUUCAGCAGUUGUUUUGCUUGUCAGAUGGCUACAUUCUCGGUGAAUCCCCAUCCAACUGAUGACAAGAUCUCUGGAACUGUUUGCAGCCUUUUAUUGAGUGAUGGAGAGUCAGAUGUUGAGUUGUCCAACCUCACAGAGAUGAUCGAGAUAUUUAUGCCUCGCCCAAUCGUUUCAACAGUGAUUAACCAAACAGUCGUACUUGAAGAAAAUGCAAAGGUACUGACGAGAGUCAACGUCUCAGACCCUACGAUGUCCGUUUGUGUCAGAGUGGAGCCCAGUGGGAAUGUGUCCUUGAUUCUUACACUGUCUGAAGGGUCACCUCCCAAUUCCAGUUACUUUGCCAACAUAACCAUCCUAAACCAAAUAGGAGGCUACCAAUGGAUCCUAACUCCGGAGAUGUUACGGCAGACUCCGGGGGUAUGGUACAUUAGCAGUGAACUCUUCAACUCCACGUGGGAGCCAGGCAUUGCGCUGAGCAUCACCACUUUUAUGACCAAGUGCAUGCACUGGAGCAUCGACCAACAAACAUGGAGCACAGAUGGCUGUCAGGUUGGGAAGCAAAGCACUCCCAGACAAACUCAUUGUCUCUGCAACCAUCUCACUCUUUUUGGGGGUUCCUUCUUUGUGAUGCCUAACUAUGUGGACUUAACACGCACGGCGGAGUUGUUUGGCACUGUCUCUCAAAACUAUGUGGUGCUCUCACUGCUUUGUGCUUUUUUUAGCCUCUACCUGGUCACUCUCUUGUGGGCGUGCUAUGCUGACCGCAGAUCACGCUCCAGAAGGAAGAUGACUCUGCUGAAGGACAACCACCCGUGUGCGCAGUACAACUACUUGAUCGGUGUCCAAACUGGACAGCGCAAGAAUGCAGGGACGACUGCCAGCGUUACAGUGACAAUGAUUGGCUCAGAGGGACAAAGUGAUGCACACCAUCUCGCGGAUCCUGACAAGCUCGUGUUUGAGAGGGGAGCUGUCGAUAUGUUUCUGUUGGCCACACCUUUCCCACUGGGCCAAGUGCGAAACAUUAGGCUGCAGCACGACAACUCUGGAGGUCACCCAUCAUGGUAUAUCAACAAGGUGACCAUACAGGAUCUCCAAACUCAACAUGUUUGGCACUUCUUUUGUGACUGUUGGAUAAGCAGUAACCAUGGCGAUGGUAUGGCGAAGAAAAUUUUCAAUGCUGCAAAGAGCAAUGAGGUUUCCUGCUUCAGGAAUAUUUUCCAGAGCCGAACAUCGACAGGUUUUAGGGAUGAACAUAUAUGGAUGUCCAUUGUGGAUCCGCCAUGGCGGAGCCCUUUCACUCGGGUUCAGAGGGUUUCUUGCUGUAUGAGCCUGCUCCUAUGCACCAUGGCCAUCAAUAUUGCCUUUUGGAACGUUCCAGAGAAUGAGGAUUCUCCAGUCGUCUUCUCCAUUGGUUCACUGCGAAUUACGUGGCAGGACGUCAUGGUGGGCGUCGAGAGUGGUCUUCUCAUGUUCCCAAUCAACAUCCUCAUUAUCACCAUAUUCCGAAGCAUCAAACCACGCAUUGUUUCGAAGUCUCCAAAAAACUGCUCAGAGGACAAAGUGAGACCCCAGUUGGUUACCAUAACAACCAUUCUAAAGGAAACCGAUGAGGUCCUUUCUCUGCUGAGCAGAAGUCUACGGAACAAAAUGGCACAGAUGUACAGAUUGGAGUCCAUCACUGAUCUCUUUGCAGCCUUGAAAAGAGUGCAUGAAUUAAUCCAUCUGAUGCAAGGGGAAACUGAGAGCGACCUGCAUUGGGUCUACUGCAGCAAGUUCCUCCUCGCCGCCCUUUGUCGUGUGCGUUUGUGUCUAGAAACGUUGGAUGGAAAGAACUUCCCGAGUCCACAGGAUUACGCACAAGCACUGGACAUCACCAAUCUGCUGGUUCGCAAGGCCGAUAUGGUUUUCAGCAGUCACUUAGCUUGCUGCCCACCUCCCGUGAAAAAGAAGAGUGUGUCAUCCGGCUGCUGGUUGCCUUGGUGGUGUGUGUUCAUCGGCUGGUUCCUGUUAAUUUCUCUCAGUGGCGUGUCCACUUUUUUCACCUUGCUCUAUGGCUUUUACUAUGGCAAGGCAAAGUCCAUUAAGUGGAUCAUGUCUCUGGGCCUCUCUCUCUUCCAGAGCAUUGUCAUAUUACAGCCUCUCAAGGUGAUUGGAGUUGCUGUCUUUUUCGCCCUGUUGCUUAAACCUGUAGCAGUGGAGGAAAUUGAAGAAAUUGAACAAGUGCUGUCAGAACAACAAGACAAAUGCAGGCGUUAUUCCAGGGGCGAACGCUGAGGAUUCAGCCUCCCUUGCGCCGUCUUUUCCCGAGUCACCCCUUUGACUCCAUUGAAAUUAAAAAAUCCAGAUUCUAUUCUGGUAUUCGCUCCU